CUCUCUCUCCCCACUCUCUCUUUAAAAAAAAAAAAAAAGAUUUUUUUGUUCUUUAUUAAGUUGAGGAAGUUCCUCUUUGUUCUGAGUUUGCUGAGAGUUUUUAGAAUGAAAGGGUGUUGGGUAUUGUGAGCACUUGCAUUUUGAAAUGAUAUGAAACACAUGCAACAUCCAGAGGGAGAUUGGGAGGGUGGAUGGAUAUAGGGAUCAUGUAGGAGAGAGGACUGUGCUGGAGAAAGCAAGGAAUUGACAUAUCUACAAUGUUUGAGUCUAGGCCAUGAAUGUGAUUGCCAGAAAAGUAUUUAUAGCCGUUGGUCAGUUAAUGGGCCAACUUUGACAAAAGCAUGUAAAACUGCAUGGUAAAUACCUGUGAAUUUUAAGUGUAUGAUCCUGAAGCWGUCCUAACUCACACCUUAUAACGAAUACUAUUGGUUGUCUACUACCUUAGGCACUUACCUUGUACUCUCUGGUUAUUACAUUUAAUUCUUCAGCUUUCAAGGUGAGUACCAGUAAUCCCAUUAUCUAGAUUGAGAAAACUGAUACUCAGAGUUUCAAUAUCACCCAGAUCAGACAGCUCAUAAAGCUGAGCUGAAAGGCUAAACUUUCCCUCUAACCCCACACUGUCAGUGUUUGGACAUUGUCGGGGAGGAAGGGGACGAAGUCAGACUGCAGGGACUCUGUGAAGAGGAUAUGGGCUGCAUCUCCUGCUCUGCAUCCCCUGGCAUGGCCUAAGGCUCAGCAUGACUCCCACCAGGAGGGGAAAGAUUUCAUGGCACAAAGCACCUAGCCUCACUGGGAGGAAAGCUGCAGGUGGAAAGCAAGAAUUCAGGCAAUGGUUUCAGAGCUGGGAGAACAAUUGCCGUCCAUGGGCCCUGGCCUCACACACCCUUAAGACUAUGGCUUAUGACAACCUUAGAAUGUACUCAGUCCUAGGAUGGACUGAGCCUGAGUGCUGCUUUACAGAAUUUGAAUAAUUUAGGUCCCAACAGCCUGAGGUGUCAGUUUCAAUUGCUGUUUCCAUGGGCACAGAUGCCCCAACCGUGUAAGCUAAUAAAAAGGGCAAGGAGGGAGGGGCCACUAUCCUAUGCCUCAGAACCCUUUGGGUGAUAACAUUCCUACUCCUGGUUCUACUGGAAGAUCAACAAACUCACCUAGAGUUCAGGUGCAAAGAACAGAGGACAGAAGUCAGGGGAGAGUGAAACAAAAGGAGAAAGGGAGAGAGGAAAGGGGCAGAGAAAGAGCAGAGUCAGGGAGGCAGAGGGACCAAGAUGGUUACAGAAGAAAAGGAAAUUGAGAGAUUAGAAGUAAAUGGUUACAGAGCAUAGAAAGAGAGAGAGACUUAAGGCCAGAAGAGGUAAGAACCAGCAAAGAAGGAAAAAACAGGUGCCAGGGGCCACAUACUAACAUAGUAGGGCAGGUACGAAUCAGAAGGUCAGAUAACUAAAAGGGCCACAGAGCUCCCCAGAGGGUAGGUGGACAUAAGAGUUCUCAGUCUUUUUCUGAUUUUCAGGUACUGUCCACACCAUUCUUGCUGGCUGGGCCUGAUGCUGUCCUAGGUCUGGUUAGUGACCUGCCCCACCUCUGGCUAUAACAGGGCCAUGGAGACCUGGAGUCACCACCUCUGCCUGGGCCUUCUGCUCCUGCUCCUGCUCUCGGCAGAGUGCUUGGGAGCUGAGGGCAGGCUGGCUCACAAGCUGUUCMGUGACCUCUUCGCCAACUACACAAGUGCCCUCAGACCUGUGGCAGACACAGACCAGACUCUGAAUGUGACCUUGGAAGUGACAUUGUCCCAGAUCAUCGAUAUGGAUGAACGGAACCAGGUGCUGACCCUGUACCUGUGGAUCCGGCAGGAAUGGACGGAUGCCUACCUACGAUGGGACCCCAAUACCUAUGGUGGCCUGGAUUCCAUCCGCAUCCCCAGUAGUCUUGUGUGGCGUCCAGACAUCGUGCUCUAUAACAAGGCUGACGCGCAACCAUCGGCAUCCGCCAGCACGAAUGUGGUUGUGCGGCAUGAUGGCGCAGUGCGCUGGGAUGCCCCCGCCAUCACACGCAGCUCAUGCCGCGUAGACGUGUCAGCCUUCCCAUUCGACGCUCAGCGCUGUGGACUGACGUUCGGCUCAUGGACACAUGGUGGGCAUCAGCUGGAUGUGCGGCCUCGUGGCGCCGCCGCCAGCCUGGCUGACUUCGUGGAAAACGUGGAGUGGCAUGUGCUGGGCAUGCCAGCGCGGCGGCGUGUGCUCACCUAUGGCUGUUGCUCAGAGCCCUACCCCGAUGUGACCUUCACGCUGCUGCUGCGCCGCCGUGCCGCCGCCUAUGUGUGCAACCUCCUGCUUCCCUGCGUGCUCAUCUCGCUGCUUGCGCCACUCGCCUUCCACCUACCAGCUGAUUCGGGAGAGAAGGUGUCACUCGGGGUCACCGUGCUGCUGGCGCUCACCGUCUUCCAGCUGCUCCUGGCUGAGAGUAUGCCGCCAGCCGAGAGCGUGCCACUUAUCGGGAAGUACUACAUGGCCACUAUGACCAUGGUCACAUUCUCGACAGCACUUACCAUCCUUAUCAUGAAUCUGCAUUACUGUGGUCCCAGUGCCCGCCCAGUACCAGCCUGGGCUAGGGUCCUCCUGCUAGGACACCUGGCAAGGGGCCUGUGUGUGCGAGAACGAGGGGAACCCUGUGGACAGCCCAGGCCACCGGAGCCAGUCCCCAGCCCCCAGCCGCCUGCUGGCCCCCCAGCAGGGCCUUGCCAUGAGCCACAUUGUCUGUGUAGGCAGGAAGCCCUAUUACACCAUGUAUCCACCAUUGCCAGCACCUUCCGCAGCCACAGGGCUGCCCAGCGCCGCCGUGAAGACUGGAAGCGCCUGGCACGUGUGAUGGACCGCUUCUUCCUGGGAAUCUUCUUUUCCAUGGCCCUAGUCAUGAGUCUUCUGGUGCUGGUACAGGCCCUGUGAGGAGCUGGGACUGGGUCCCAGAAAGCAUCCAUAGCCACAGCAGCCACAGGAUGGAUGGCAAAAGCCAGGUGGUUGUUGAUCCUCAAAUAAUCCAGCCUCUCCUUACCGCUGCUAAGAGCCUGGGAAACCCUCUCUUCAGAAUCAGUACUGCUAAUUUCACAAUCUACAAGGAACCCUUGUUGUGUCCAUGCCCUGACUAAGGGGGAUCCAGAUCCUAACACUGCCCUAAUUCCUAAAGAAGAACUCCAGGAAGGAUCAAGAUUGAAGUAUAAACUUGGACAGAACUGAAUGACCAUGCUCAGAGUUAGAGCUCUUAGUGGGGAAAGAGCAGGUGAUUACAUAAGAAACAGCAGCAGGGUAUGGUGGUGCACCCCUGUAAUCCCAGCAGCUCAGGAGGCUAAGGAAGGAGGAUCACACAAGUUUGAGGUCCACCUCAGCAAUUAGCGAGACCCUGUCUCAAAAAUUAAAAAAGGACUGGGAAUGUAGCUCAGUGUUAAAAUGCCCUGGGUUCAAUCCCCAGCUCAGGAAGGAAGGAAGAAGGAAGAGAAGGAAGAAAGUUACUGCAUUUCCUGUCUUUAUAGGCAGCUGCUGCUUUGGAAACAUGGUCGGUCUUGCCUAUYACUAUCUAGGGCUCAGGGAAAACAAUUCGUUGUCUGCUUUCCAGAGCAAGAAGUGAAACAGACAUCUGUUCCCAAAGCCUUAACCUAUAAUAAAGUGUGUGCCUAGUAU